AUGGCGCAAGCUCCUGUCGUCACGCCGCCCAAGCCCGGUAUUCUCGUCGUCACACUCCACGAAGGCCAGGGCUUCUCGCUACCCGAACAGCACCGCGCCACAUUCAACUCUUCGCACCCACAGAACUCUCUAUCGACCGGAAAUGCCCUCAGCGGUGUUGGCUCCGUACGCCCCGGCUCCUCUCAACGAGUGGCUGGCUCCUUGAUCAACGGGUCCGGCCGUCCUCAGACAUCGAGCGGCAGCGGCUUUAGCGGCAUCCCCACGAAUCACGGCCGCAUCUCAGGAAAAUACAUGCCUUACGCACUGAUCGACUUUGAUAAGGUCCAAGUCUUCGUCAACUCUGUCGAGGGUACACCCGAGAACCCCCUCUGGGCAGGCAGCAACACGCAGUACAAGUUCGAUGUGUCGCGUGUCACCGAGCUCGGCAUCCACCUCUACAUGCGCAACCCCUUGGCGGCACCAGGCUCCGGACGCAGCCAGGAUAUUUUCCUUGGCGUCGUCCGCAUCAACCCUCGUUUCGAAGAGCGCCAAUCGUUUGUCGAAGACCCCAAAGCCAGCAAGAAGGACCGCGAGUCGGCUGCCGCUGACCAUGCCAAUCGCGAGAAGAGCCUCGGACACAGCGGAGUCCAAUGGACCGAUGUGCAGUAUGGCACUGGCAAGCUCAAGAUUGGCGUUGAGUAUGUCGAGAAUCGUGCGGGCAAGCUUCAGAUUGAGGACUUUGAAUUGCUCAAGCUGGUAGGUAAGGGAAGCUUCGGCAAGGUCAUGCAGGUUCGCAAGAAGGACACCCACCGGAUCUACGCCGUGAAAACGAUCCGCAAGGCACACAUCAUCUCCCGAUCCGAAGUCGCACACACGCUGGCAGAGAGGUCGGUGCUGGCACAGAUUAACAAUCCCUUCAUCGUCCCCCUCAAAUUCACCUUCCAGUCACCUGCGAAGCUGUAUUUCGUCCUCGCCUUCAUCAACGGUGGCGAACUGUUCCACCACCUGCAGAAGGAGCAGCGUUUUGACGUCAAUCGCUCGCGAUUCUACACUGCAGAACUGCUCUGUGCCCUUGAGUGCCUCCACGGCUUCAACGUCAUCUACCGCGAUCUGAAGCCGGAGAACAUUCUGCUCGACUACCAAGGUCACAUUGCCUUGUGCGAUUUCGGUCUCUGCAAGCUGGACAUGAAGGACGAAGACAGGACCAACACAUUCUGCGGUACCCCCGAAUAUCUGGCGCCUGAACUUCUCAUGGGCCAGGGCUACCAGAAGACGGUGGAUUGGUGGACCCUCGGAGUUCUGCUGUACGAGAUGUUGACGGGUCUACCUCCUUUCUAUGACGAGAACACCAACGAGAUGUACCGCAAGAUUCUGUCGGAACCACUUCACUUCCCCGGCCACGACAUUGUGCCUCCUGCCGCCAAGGACCUUCUCAUCAAGCUCCUCAACCGUAAGCCGGAAGAGCGCCUUGGAGCCAACGGCUCGGCCGAGAUCAAGGCGCACCCCUUCUUCCACGCCAUUGACUGGCGUAAGCUGCUGCAGCGCAAGUACGAGCCGGCGUUCAAGCCCAGCGUUGUGGAUGCUCUGGACACCAACAACUUUGAUCCCGAAUUCACGAACGAAGCCCCGCAAGACUCGUUCGUGGAUGGACCGAUGCUCUCGCAGACGAUGCAGAACCAGUUCCAGGGCUUCAGCUACAACCGGCCGAUUGCAGGCCUCGGCGACGCAGGCGGCAGCAUCAAGGAUCCGUCCUUUGUCGGCAGUGUCCAGGACAACCGAUAG